UCUUUUCCUUUGUUUCUUCAACUUCGUUUCGACGCAUUUCAAGGACGGGUCAUUCCUGGCAGUCCCGCAGACCUGUGCGGAAAUCUACGAGUUGGAGACCGCAUCCUGGCUAUUAAUGGCAAACCGCUGACCUCCAGACACCAUUCAGAAGUUGUUGACAUCAUCCGUUCCAGCCACCAACGCCUCGUAUUGACGGUACAGCGCCUUCCACUCACCAACCCCUGCGGCCACAGCCCUUGCGGCCGUGUCCCAGUCAGGCUUUCUGACAGAGCGGACACCUGCCCCACAAUUAGCCCAUCAUCCAGAGGCAAUGAACCAAACGAGGGGAUUUCCUCACCUGAAAUCUCCCCUACGAGUCGUAUUUCCGCCAAGCCAACACGAUUCAUGUUCCAUUCCCAUCACAAUGACCCUUCAUUUGGUGAUACAACCAAUGGCUUAUGUUCAAACUAUUUUGACGGAUGCUCUUCUGUUACCAAUAGAAACAAUUAUAGUACUAUAGAGACCACGAGUGGCUCUGAAACCAGGACUUACCAGGGCAACCGUCUCUGGGUCGAGUUGAUUGGACAGGAAACAUCCACCGCAAUGGAGGGCGCCAACUCCGACGGUGACAAGUGGAAAUGUGGCGGCGUUGUGGUGUCCUCACAACCGUCAUUAACUAACGGUCAAACGCCUCCCACCGAUGAUGUCGACUACGAUGCCGGCGAAACAGUUGCGAUUGUAUCAAGUCGAUGGUCAGAUGCUGGAAAUCACGAACACUAUGACAACGGACGCAGCACUGGCUUACCUUAA